AUGGUUAUAACAAGAGAUUUGUUGCCGUCCUUGGCGAUGGUGUUGGUGCAAAUCGGCUACGCAGGCAUGAACAUUACGUCCAAGAUGGCUAUGGAUUCCGGCAUGAAGCCUCUCAUUCUUGUCGCUUAUCGCCAGAUCUUUGCCACUAUCGCCACUUUUCCGGUCGCAUAUUUUAUUGAACGUAAGACAAGACCGAAGAUCACGCUAAGGGUUCUUGUCCAAGUGUUCUUCUGCUCCAUUACAGGUGCGACCGGAAACCAAGUGCUAUACUUCAUAGGACUUCAGAAUUCAUCUCCUACCAUUGCUUGUGCCUUAACUAAUCUCUUACCGGCUGUUACUUUCAUCCUUGCCGCAAUCUUCAGACAAGAAGCCGUAGGGAUCAAAAAGGCAUCAGGACAAGCCAAAGUGAUAGGGACAGUAGUAUGUGUGGCUGGAGCCAUGGUUCUCUCUUUCUACCAUGGUCACACCAUUGGAAUUGGAGAGUCCAAAAUCCAUUGGGGCUAUGCUCAAAACAUCACGAGCCACGGUCCCGAUUCUACCGGUUCUAACUUCUUCUUAGGACCUUUCCUAAUCAUGGCUGCUGCCGUUUCUUGGGCUGUUUGGUUCAUUAUUCAGACGAAAAUGAGUGAAACAUUUGCAGCACCAUACACGAGCACACUUCUAAUGUGUUUGAUGGGAAGUAUUCAAUGUGGAGCCAUCGCUUUGAUCUCCGAUCACAAACUCUCUGAUUGGUCUCUCACCUCUCCCAUCCGCCUCAUAUCCGCCCUUUAUGCCGGAGUGGUGGCGUCUGCGUUAGCGUUCUGCUUGAUGUCAUGGGCGAUACAGUUGAAAGGUCCUCUCUACGUCUCUGUUUUCAGCCCUUUACUGCUCGUAGUCGUCGCCGUUUUCAGCUGGACUUUUCUUGAAGAGAAGCUCUACACCGGCACGUUUGUAGGAUCAGCACUUGUGGUUAUUGGGCUGUAUGGCGUUUUGUGGGGAAAAGACAGAGAGAUGAAUGGAAAAGAAGAAGGAGAAGAGAACCAAAAGAAGGUGAAACAACAACACAUAGUCAAAAGGGAUAUUAAUGAAGAUAUUGAAUCAAGAUUGCCGGUCGGAGGAGGAGGAGGAGGAGGAGCAACAGGCAAUGGCAAUGGUUCCACGAGACCUAUAUCACCUUAAAACGUUGAUGCAUGCUUCUUCAUCAUACAACUUUCUUGCUGUAUAAGUUACUGGAACUAAAAAUUGGUUAUCCAUUUUCAGAGUGUGUAAUGUUUAUACCAUUUUGAGGCCAAUUAUGGAUUUUUAAAUUGUGUCAUUCGAUUGACACUACAAAUAUCACUUA